UUACUGAUAACUUCACAUUUUGAUUGUUUGUCAAAAAAACAUAAAGAGCUUUUUUUAACAAACACUUCAGAAUCCUUAUCUUCAAGAUACUCUAUCUUCAGCCAAAGCUCUUCGAGCUCUUCGAUGAGGGCUAUUUAACACUCUCUUUGAAUAAAUUGAAGCUCAGUGAUUGAAGAACCUCGAAAGAGACACAACAUGGGAAAGAUAACUCUUUACGGAAUAGACCGAAGCCCCCCAGUUCGAUCGGUGCUCUUGACCCUUCGAGCUCUGGAUCUGGACUUUGAGUACAAGAUCGUGGAUCUCUCCGCCAAGGAGCAGCUCAGGCCGGAGUUCCUCAAGAUGAAUCCCUUGCACACGGUGCCCACCUUGGAUGACGAUGGCUUCUACCUGUACGAUAGCCACGCCAUCAACGCCUACCUGGUGAGCAAGUACGGCAAGGGCGACUCCCUCUACCCCAAGGAUCUCCAGAAGAGGGCUAUUGUGGACCAGCGACUGCACAACAACUCCAGUGUGAAUACGCCCACCGGCAAGGCCAUAACCUUUCCCAUCCUCUAUAGGAAUGAGUUUGAGAUUCCGAAAGCGAGAUUAGAUGCCUUGGAAGGAGUUUAUAAAAAUUUGAAUCUCUUUCUGACAGAUUACGAGUACUUGGCUGGAAAUACUCUAACCAUAGCUGAUCUCCAUGUCAUUGCUUGGAUAACCGGAAUGGUUGUCUUUCUGGAGGUAGAUUUAAAUAAAUUCCCAAACUUGGCUAGUUGGCUGAAAAGGAUGAAGCAGUUGCCCUUCUACGAGGAGGCCAAUGGCUCCAGGAUAGCACCAGUUGUGGAGUUUGUUAAAAGCAAAAACUUUACCAUUGUUUAGAUUUACUUUACACAACUGUUGAUUAAUUAUUUAAUUAAUUAGUAGAUAUACUAAAUAUUAAACUAACUAACCCUUAUUGUAGUUCUUUGUAGCCCAGUGUAGCUUAUUGAUUUUAUAUAUGAAACAAAAAUAAAGAGUGACAGCUAAGAGCUUUUGUUUGCCCGGUUAAGUGAUAUCAUCAAAGCUCUCUUAGGUCAGUGUUUCUUGCCAACUAGUUAUUAACUUUCUCCUAUUACUUCAUAGUUGAACUAAAGGCACUCCCAUCAACUAAGUUAUUCCUUUAUUUUUAUAAAUAUUUCAUUAAAAAUA